CUUCCCCGGCCCGGAACGUUUGGAGACCGGAACCUUCGGGCCGCCUGGCGGGGAAAAGGCGUGGGGAAGGAAAAGGAGUACGCGCGGCGCUGCCAUUGCGCAGGUUCCAUUCCCGGCGCUGCCAUUCCCGGCCUGUCUCUUCCUGGCCAUGUACCGGCCAGGGUUCCGCGCGCCCACACCUCCCUACGCGGGCGGUGGCUUCCGGAGCCCCCCCUCCGGUGGAGGGCCCCUGCCGCCCUCCCCGCGGGGCUACGGGAGCCCCCACCACACGCCGCCCUACGGGCCCCGGCCUGGCCCGUACGGCGGCGGCCUCUCGCCCCGCGGGCCCGGGUUCCAGGGGCGCUUCGGGAGCCCCUCGCCGGGGGCGCAGACACCGCGCAGGCCGCAGAGCGUCAGCCCCCGGUACCCGGCUCCCUACGGCGGCGCGGCCGCGGCCGGGGCGCCCCUGCACCUGCCGUCGCAGCACAAGCGCUCGCCCGGGGGCUUCCAGAGGCACUUCCAGGGAUCACCCAGGACAUCUACUCCAUUUGGUACAGCGCAUGGCAGAGAGAAAAGAGUGUCUAAUGAUGUGGAAAACUAUUACAGACCUUCAAUGCUUGAGGACCCAUGGGCUGGCCUAGAGCCAGUUUCUGUUACAGACAUAAACCAGCAAUACAGCAGUGAGCAAACAACAUGUACUGGUAAAAAAGGGAGGUAUUUCAGCUAACACUUUUAAAGGCCAAAUAACUCCAUCUUGUCAGGAAAACUUUGGGACAAAAUCUUAACACUUACACAAGAUGAACAAUAAUCAAGACCUUAGAUAAUGUUUUUAUUUGAACAUAUGUCCACCCUUUUAUCCUACUUUUUUUUUAUUGCAUUGGAUAUUUUUAUGUAUGGGACAGAAAAGGAGUGGUAGGAAACCUUACAUUUCUGGCUAUGUGGAAGUGCCUACCAGCUUUGAAGAACAAAGUGUUCUUUAAUCACCAGCGACUGAUAUGUGACUGUUAAAACAGGUUUCCAUAUACUUACCUCUUCCAUGCCAGAUUGUUAGCCUUUUACUGUAAAGUACUUUAGGAAGUGGUAUUUUUUUAUGUUUCAACAUUUUUAGAAUGAAGUAACUUGGAAAUAAAAUAAAGUUUUGUAAAUUCUUGUUUUGUAAUGUAUAAAGAAUAUUUUAGGACUCUUGUUAAGGUGUACACAUUAACACAAAUAGUACUAUUGAAAUUAGGUGACUUCUGUAAAUGUGCUUGUAUGCUGUAGUUAACCUGUGGUUUUGUGCAUAGUGAUUUUUGUUAAUUGCAGUGUAACGCGAAGUUGAAACGUGACUUUUAGCCAUCUCAGGAAACAAAUGUAUUGCUUUUGGAAAGUUUAAUUUGUUGAACCAACUCUUGAGUCACAAACUUAAUUCUGUAAUCAUUUGCUUUUGUGUUUAAAAAAAUAUAGUUGAAUCAAUAUUAGACAUUUUUGGAUUAUAGUAACAAGUCUGUGCAGUGGCAGUUUAAGUCUAAGGAGUACAUAAAACACAAGAUAAAAUAACUGGAAAUGUUCUCUGUGGGUCCACCUGUUAGAGGUUUUGUUAGACUGUUGACAUUAGUACAUGCAUAGCUUUUUUUUUUUUUAAUCUGUACAAUAUUUUCCAAUUAUUUUUUAUUUUUACUUAUGGCAGGAAUCAUUGCCAGGAGAACUGUUUUGUGUGUGUGCAUGCUAUAUUUUUAUACUGAAGUGGAAAACAAGGAGUUGGUUUUUUAGACCUUGUCUUUACAUGGAAGAUCCAUGCAUCUAAAGUACAUCACCUCUGUUUUCCCCCAGCUGACCCUGUUUUGUUUUAGUAUUAUAUCCAAAAAGGCUGCUCAGAGAACUGAGAAUGUAAUGCCUUCUGGAUAUCAAGGAUGGUUAAAUCUUCAUCCCAGAAUCAAAAGAACUGUGCCUUAAAUGGCAGCUGUCAGUAUCAUUACCUGUAAUAGGUACCAGCAAAACUGAGAUGACAAGUUGCAGAUAGUCUUUAGAAUUUAUACAUCAGUUAAUUGAUGUCAAUUGUGAAAAGUGAAGUAUAAAGUUUUCUUUCUUUUUUUUUUUUUUUAAACCUUGUCAGGUGCUGUAAAGCUCACAAAAAAAAAAGUUGUAGUCCGCUUAACCAAGUCACCUUUUUUUUAUUGCUAUUUCCCAUGUGAUUGAAUGCAAUUUAUUUUUUGCAAUGUUUGGUGAUCUUGGAGAAACAAAUAUGAUUUUAUUCAAGACACUAAGGCUCUGAUGUGUUCACAGUUAGAUAUGAGAAAAGUCUGGGUUUGGAAAGGAGAAAGGAAAGGUAAAGGAUUCCUGACAGAAGGGAGUCUGUUAAGAGGUGGGACUGCUUACACAGUAGGCAGCAUCAGCUGCCUUUGCACAUUGCAAAGGUACAUUUUGCCACUUUGGCUUUGCAGUUGGCCCAGGGAUCAAAGCCAGCCUCCUCUGGUAAUAAUUCUUAACUCCUGGAACCAGGUGUCAGACAUCAGUGAAGAUAAAUGUUCCAGAAAGACUUGAGGAAAUAUUCUUGAAGCACUGUUUAAUCAAUGCAGACCUUCUACAAUGGCAUCUGUUAAGCUGCUGCUCCAGUAUACUUCAGGAUAUGAUCCAACAAUUAUAUCACACUGCUAAAGACUCCAAUCACUUGGUCAAGAAUUCACACCAAAAACUUAAAAAUUAUUCACCUUUCUGGCUUCUAGGAGAAAUUCUGCAAUUACAGUAAAAUUUUUAAAUGUCAUUGUUGAAUAGCUGUAAAAUGCAUGAACACAUGUUCAGAACUAUAAAUAUAAUGUACUUAAAGCCAAUUUAAGCUUUGCCUUUUGUACUGCGAUACCCAAGAAGCUUAAGCACUUACUUCCUCACCAGGUUUUUUUCCUUUUUACCAUAUGGCAAACAUUCUUUUUCCCCACAUGUUUCUAACAGAGAGAAAAUAUAUCACUUCCUCAUUUAUUAAUGAAGCUACUUCAUAGUAACAGUAUGACUCUGGAAAUAGCAUUUGAUGAUAAAAAGUAAAGAACAAAUGCAUCCUUUCUUCAUGAGCCCAUGAAACAAAAUAGUGCCUAUGUCUUGUUAAUGAAAGGAUUCUUCUGUAAUGAACUAAUGUACUAAGAAUAUGGGCAUUGCUCUUUCUUCAACAGACUUCUUAGAUUUUAAGGUAAGUAAUUUAGCUCCUUUUUCAGAAGUUUGGAUGGGUAUACUUUUCCAUUCUGUUCCGCUUGCAUUGUGUUUCUCCAUCAAGUCCGUUUGACUUUCUAUUCAGUUGUUGUAAAGGAGUUGUAUAACUCUUGACUAAUUCUUCCAGCAAAAAUUAAUACAGCUCCUGUAUUUAACAUUGAACUGCAUCGCUACUACACUGUGCUGAUAUCACAGUAACAUAAAUCAGAUGAAUACAUGUGUAAUGCAGCAACACACUGGGUGGGUAGUUACCCCAAGUUGUACUAGAAUAGUUCUAAGUUCAGGUUUGAGGUUCCAUUGCAGCUUUAUAAUAUGGAAUAUUCAUUCUUCUCUGGCACUUAAUACACACUAUUUUAUAUUGAAACUGUUAAAUAAUUUAGAAUAUUGAAAUUACAAUUAAAAUGGGAUUUUAAAAGUUCAUAUCAAGCUCCUCUUUAGAAUUAGCAAUAAUGCAUUGAGAUGUAGCAUUUUCCUAAUAUCAGAGCUGGGAACACUUGCCAGGGAAAAUGCUUCUGGGGAGCAGAAUGGAUAACUACUUUUGUAGUCAGGUUGUUUUUCUUUUCCUGUUAAGGGUAUCUUUAUGUGCUCUUCAGUUUAUAUAAAUUGUGUAAUUAGACAUCUGAGGGGGAGCAUUUGAAACAUGCAUUAAUUAUAUCGAAAUUCUACAAGCAGCUGUUGAGCUUCCUUCUAAAGAAAAUUUUUUCAUAGUCAGUUUGGGCUUCAAGUUGUGUUUCUGAGUAAUCUCACUGAAGUUAGAGGAUUCACUCAUGCAACUGAGAUGUGUAAGUAUCUAAUGUUACAGCUUGAAAAUUGUAUCAUCCCUUAGUCUGUCAGUGCUUUUUUCCAACACUGCAGUUAACUGCUCUGCCUAGCUAUUGCUCUGAAUUCAAGUUCACGUAUGAGCCAAGACUGUCUUGCAAAAUAAUUAAACUUGUUCUUACAACAUUUUCCAAAACUCUCAAGAGUAAAGACUGUUCUCCUUUCCCCAAAUCUUGGUGCUUGCCUUCCUCCUAGCUCCUUGGAACUGGGGAAAAAAGGGAAGACUGCCUACACUGAUUGGUGAAGAAUCAUAUAAUGAUUUUCAUGUCUCAGGCUUUCAGAAACUUGUGUACCAAUUGAUAUAGGUAACUAGAUAAAAUUUUUUAUGAUUUGAGAUGUCUCAAACAACUUUUUAUAGCAGAAGAAAUGAAAGAAAUCACUGUUAUGCCCAGCAGUAGUACAGUUCCAGCACUCAGUCAUUAAUUCAGAAUCCAAUUUUUUUGCCUAAAGUAACUUUUCAUCUGUAUAUAACUAGGCACAAAGUGAGUCAUUUUCAUUUUCUGCCAUUUUCACUGAAAUAUGUGCUUUGCUGACUUGGAAUUUAAGAACACUCUCAACCUCAGCUUCUGAAUUUACUUUUACAAAAUUACUAGCUCUGGAGCGUUAGACCUCACACCUAGGCCUUCCCUUUAAGGCAUUUUAGAUAUGGCAAAAAGAGCUUUGUCUCAUCCCCAUUGCUUCCUUGAUGACACUAGGAAACCUUUGACUAGGGCUAGAGACAGUUGUGCAGAUGCUUGAUGUGAGACCAGGCCAUCAAGGUACCCUUCCUCUCCUAGAGGUUACCUCUACCCUUGCCAUUCCAGAGCAGUGGGGCCCAGGAGGUGUGUUGAGCCAAAUAGUAAUCCUUCAUUUUGCUUCACCAGCUGUGUGUGGGUUUCAAACCGUAACCAUAUUGGGGGUUUGCUUAGUGCAUGUCCUGAAUUUUAAAUUUCAUCAGUGUCUUCUGCAGUAAAAUCACAGGUGAAUUCCACUGGCCUUUGUUCAUUGAUCUGUGGCUGUUGCACGUUGCUGUUCUGAACUAUUAAUGUAAACAUUUGUACUCAAGAACAUAACUUUGUGGCUAAAAGGGGUCAUACCAGUACAGUUCCAGAGUAAAAUUUUUAGUACUGCUGAUACCACUGCUAUUAAAAUAAGAGCUUCUCUGUCCCCCUUUAACAGGAUAAAAAUUAAGCAGUUGAGAUGCUGAGCUACAAACUGUGGUCUGUAUAGGGCCAGAUGGACAUACCUCUAUUGGCUGAUUUCUGGAUUGGAGAUAGAAUGGGGUUUUAACAAAGAGCUGAAAAAAAAUACCAUCCCGCUCCCUAAAAAGACAGAAAAAGGUAUUUCUCAGAAGUAACCUUACACAUGAAACAGGAAUUCUUACACAGCCUCAAAUUUUUCCACAGUCUCGCAAAAUGUGAGUUCUGUCUUACUCUUUUCUUCUGGAGAAGCACUGGCUUGUUACCAUAACUUCAAGGCUUUCCAUGACAUGAACUUCAGUUAAAACCAUCAGCUCACCAUUUGACCUGCUCUCUGACAAAGAAAUCUCUAGGCUAUACUGUUCAUUGGAUGUCAGUAUUAGUUUUUUGACAGUGAAAAAGUUACAUCUUCAAAUUCUACCAGGGACCUAAUUUUCACAUAUUGAAAUUAAUUCUUCAAAUUGCUUAAUUCGGAGUAUUCAUUUUUUCCAGGUAACCGUGACAGGAUUGUGGAGAAUGUAUUAAAGUUAUGCCUUUUUUCCCUAUAAAAGAUAGAUAAUAAGUUGCAUUAAUUUCAUUAAUGUAUCAGUUGUGGUUCAAGUAGUGAUGGCAGUUUGCAAAUUCAACAGAAUCUGGGACUCCCUCCUUUCUUUCUUGAAAGGGCUUACACUUUCCAGAACUGGCCAACACAGUUCACCCACAGGCAUGCCGGGUCAGAGCUUUUGCAGGUGAGAUACUGGGAUGGCAAUAAUGGUCUCCACGGUGCCAGAUGGACAUGUGAAUAGGGACAUUAUUGCAAUUCAGUGUGACCUGUAUUAGCCCAUUUCUACAUUGCAGCUACAAUAGGAUUUUAACAAGGACAAAACAAGUAAGUCCCCUUCCCUCCCACACACACAGAGACACACUUCAAGGGACUUUUAAUUUUCCAAGUCUGUGGUAAGCCACUAUGUUACUGAGGUAAAGAAUAAUAGAAUUUAAAUUGUUUUUUCAUUUAUUCACUAGUGACAGCAUCUUAGGAGGCAAAGAAUUUGACAUCACAUCAAGCUGAAAUUUUUAACACAAUUACUUUAAAAAAUGGGCUGCACUUGAAAAUCCGCAUGUACUACCCUGCUUCUGUGGGCAGCAGUAACCAUGCUGCUUGAUGCUGUAUUAAACUACACUUAAAGCUUCUGGUAUCCCUAUGUAUUUAGCCACAGUCUAAUUGCUGUGUAGCCAAGAUAGUUAAAAGCUGUUACUGUAGAGCCAGUAGGUUUAAAUCUUUGUUGUAUGCAUGAGGAAAUUCCUAAGAGUUCAAACUGCUGAACGUGAUGUUGAUGCAACUGUUAGUAUAAAGACCAGUAAAUAGAAGAACAAAACGUCUUUGAUGCAGAUUAUUACCUUUUCAAGCAUCACACAAGCUAAUGCUAAAACAAGGGAAGAGGACUCAAGCUAAUUGACAACUUCCUGUGGAUGACUACACAGCAUAAACCACAAAUAAGGGGUGCCAUUGCACUUUCCUAAAGCUUUCUCUUGUCUGCCUCCUGGUUCCUAUGGCAAUAAAAUUACACUAAGGAAAAUUACAUGGUUGUUCAUUUUCAGAUGUUAGCUGUAUGUGCACUAUGGGCAACAGGUUGAGAAACUGCGAUAACUGCUUUCAAAUGAAUGAACUGACAAAUUGUGUCCCUCUUGGAACUGAAGACAGCUUACACUACCAGCAGUGUUCCUGUACUUUAAAUAGCUUCUAAAAUAAAAUUCCAAGUAUGUAGAAAGCUUGUGCAAAGAACCUUUAAAUCCCUGUUAUCAAGGUAUCUGCUGCAUCUGGUUGCAUUUUUCUGACACUGUUUAAUUUCCUCUCAGAAUAAUUGCUGCAUAUUUUAUACAUAAACUCUCCUGUAGGCCCAUCAUCCUCACUGCUGUGAGUGAGGUGAGGAAGAAAUAGCUAGUGUCUGCACUUUGUGGCAGAAGAGAACCCAGUGUUUCCUGUUCUCCCUAUGUCAUUCCCUAAAGCUAAUAAAAUAUUCAGAGCAAGUUUCAAAUGUGUUGCCUUCCUGACAGGAGGGAUGCCAGCAGAAAGGCAGCCAUGCUUUCCAACACAUGCUAAUUAUAAGUGGUAGCUGUUUAAUUCAGUGAGCAUCUGAAAAAAAAAAAAACAUUUCCCCAAGCACCUUUCAAUUCUGCUGUAGAGAAUACAAAUAGAAACAUUUACUCUUAACAAAAGAAAUCCACUUCUUACAGCAUAAGCGUUCAUGAACUUCAGAUAAAUGAGAAUUUCCGUGAUUUCUUUGAUAAUCCACAUGUUUGUCCCUCAUGGCUCUCCAGGAGAGCUGCAUUUCAAGUCUUCUGUGGUUAAAAUAAGUAUGCCAAAUUAUAUAUAAUUUUUUAAAUGGAAGGUAGUUUUAUUUUUAAAAAAAGUGAAAAUUGUGUUCAAAAAGGAAAUUCUGACACAGGAGAAUUAAAGGGAAAUCCCUGCUGCAUUUAACAGGGGUUUUGGUUUUCAUCCUUUGUCUGACCUAAAACCUGCAAUGACAGCAGGAACAAUUUCAACCCAAGAUAAAAGUUUUAAGUUUUUGUUCACAACACCGUAGCAAUGGAGUUCACAGUCUCCGUUCUCCAUCCAGAGAGGGAUACCUACACUACUGAAUUUCACUGCAUAUGGAAAUGAUCUGUGCUGUAAUCCCUUUCACUGGAAGAUUCUUAAACAAUUAUCAUGGAGUAAAGUGGUGUGUUUAGCUCUACUAGCCAUUACUUUAACAAGACUUCUUUUUAAUGACCAGGAUCUUCAUAACUGAUUUGAUGCCUAAUCUGGUGCAGCACCUGCUCUCUCAUUUUCUGGACGCAAAUGUGGUUCAGCUUUUCAAAUUAAUGAAUCAGAAAGCCAGUUGUGACAGUGUUGUAAAAUUAUUAUUUUAUUAAACUUUAGAAACUGAAAAAUAAGCCACAAAUUCACUUCCAGAGUUAAGGUUUCAGGUCCUGAAGGGUUUUUUUGGUUGGGGACUUUUUCCAGACAGGAGCUUUAAGUGGCAUAAUCUCUUUCUAAAGCAUAGGACUGUCACCAUAAUAAUUAUAAGUCUUUUCAUGCAUCUUAUUUUUUUAAAGCUACAGAAAAUUGAGCCUAAAAAUGUUAAUAAUCACCAGUAGUGGUCAAGCUCUGGAAAUGCUGAACCUAUUAUGCAACAACAUGUCGUAUAUCACAUGAUGCAGAUGAGGCUUCGCAAAACACAGAAUGUGUAAUACAAGUGUUACAAACCUGAUUUCUUGCUUUUUCUGAGUGGCUACAGAGCAUUUAGCGACAAUUUGAGUGGCUUUUGCCUUCCCACUUAAGAACAGUUCUAGAACUACUCUGAAGAACAGUAGGGGCUGCCAGCUUCCCCAGUACACUUUGGGGCACCUGCUUUACAAGUAUUCUACCAAUAAGAAAUCUAAUUCCCAUUUGUUGGGUCUAUGUGCUUAUGAAUUUAAUAAUGCUGCUGUUGAUGUGUUCUCUCUCCUGUCCCAUGAAAUCCUCCAACAGUUACAUGACUUGUGAAAGCAUUACACAACCAAAUAGUGUCCAGUUGGAAGGGGUCAAGCCAGUGUCCUAUUGAAGUCUUUGCACAGCAAAGUAUGUGCUUGUAUGUUUUUAAUGUUGAUUUAGUCUUGUCAAAUUGUUGUCUCCGCAUUGUGUAGAAACUUGGUCAGUUACCACCAUUUCUUACAGCAGAACCUGUUUUAAAUACUGAUCACACUUAAAACACAACUAGAAAUAGAUUCCCAGAAAUUGUCAGUGAAGCACCUGCAUUUGAUAUUCUUUCUAUUCUGCAAAUGAAAUCCUGACCUUUUACUGUUAACUGCAGUGUCUUUUGUUGUCAGAAAAAGGUUUCAGACAUUUUAAUUUUUAAUUAGUCAAUAAAACUGAUCCCUCUCAUUCUCAUUGCAUUUAUCUUCCCAAUUCUGUAGAGGCAAUUGAUGAUCUCACCUAAAUUUAAACUACCAGCUUCCACAUGUUGUUAUGGACCACAGUGACCAUAUUUAGUUCUGCUAGAUGCUGUUUACUCCUCUUAUGCUCUUGCCACCACAAACAUGUCAUACUGAUGAAAUAUUUAGACAGAAGUAUAUUUUAACCAAGACAGGAGGAUACUGGGACUGUAUCUCAAACAAUUAGAUACAUUUAGAACUUAAUGCAAAUACCUAUUCAAUGCUUUGAUAUACUGCUUCCCAUAAUGAAGGCCAUCCUGUAAUAGUUUAUACAAUACAAAAGCUUUGUAAUGCUGAAACCUUAAUACAGGACUUGAGGAAUGAAAAAGAAGAGUGGAAGAGGCUGCAAGGUAGCAACAAAUGAUGGGUGCUUAAAUAAAGCAUGCAGAAUAUUUCCCUGGAUGUCAGGAAGCAAUUUGCAUUCUAACAGUUGAGACUAACAACAAAUACCCAAACCAAACUGGAGCUUCCCAGGAGAUCAGUUGAAAGAGAAGGCCAUGUACAAUUUACCUGAUGCUAGAAGCUGAAAUAGAGUUGAAUUUCUGAUAGAAAAGGUCUGUGAAAUUCUGUGGAAUUUGUUGGGUGUUUUGUCAUUUUUCCCAGAAGGCACCAUUGUAAUUGCAAGUACAGUUUGCAAAUAAAAAUUACUACUACUACUAC